AUGUCGCGCCUCCUCCAACAGCGACUCGGCUACCAGGUCUUUGUCGCCUCCACCGUCAAGGACGCCCUCGACGUGGCGGAGCGGGAGCAGGGCAAGUUCGAUCUGGUGAUCAGCGACAUCGGUCUGCCAGACGGCACCGGCCUCCAAUUGAUGAAAGUGCUCAGAGAGAACUAUCGUCUCAAGGGCAUUGCGCUGUCGGGCUAUGGCAUGGAGGAGGACGUGAAGCGAAGCAAGACGGCCGGGUUCGAGGUCCACCUCACGAAGCCGGUCAACUUCUCCUCGCUCACGGCCGCCAUCCACCGGCUCUUCUUCUUCAUCCUCCGCCUCUUCGCAAUCCUCUCCCGCAUCUCCACGCCGCACGGCCUAUCUCUCUUCAGCCGCUUCUUCUUCAUCAUCGGGUCCUUCAUCUUCAUCUUCUUCUGCGCCGUCGUCGGCGCCCUCUUCGCCACCGGCCGCUCCGCCAUCGUCGCCUCGUCUCACCCACCGCGAGAAGCCACGCCAAGACUCACCCGAGUGAACUUCAAGUUGUGGCUUGGCCAACGUGUACAGAAUACCACUUAA